AUGCACGGAGGGGCUAGGCUGCUCGACCUCGUGGCUGCUCGAGCCGGCCUCGGUCGAUCUGCCGCAUUGUCCUGGGCUGUACUGAGCGGUACUGUAUUGUAUGGUAUUGGUAACGGCUAUAACGUAUUGGAGGAUCACCAGCGCCUUACUCCGGAGCAGCAGACCGAAUUUUCUCAAGAAACCAAUGUGCAAGUUUUCUAUCGGCUCAUGAUGAAUUCCAGAGACGAACAGAAGUAUUCCCUCCUCCGGGAUUCUGACGCUGCAGAGUCUGCCGGCGACCUCCCCGAGGGAGUUACGCACUCCCGACGGGGAUCCAAAGGAUGGCUGUGGUGGACAGGCCUGCUGGCGUCAUUGGCAGCGAAUGUGAUUCUGGCAGCCUUGUACAUUGGGACGAUAUGGAACAGAAACCAGCAUCCCCAAGGGAUUUCGAAAUAUGCUGGCUUGGCCUACGACAAGCCCACCGUCUACGACUGGAUGUCGGACUACGGCCCUCACAACAAAAACCAGACCCUGCAGGACGAGCUCUGGGAAUCAUUGCGCAUCAGCCCUGGGGUAGUCGCUCUGUCGGAUGACUUUGCGCGAUCCAAAGGGCUGCAUCUCUCCCAGAGAUUCCCAUGGGAUGAGAACUAUGGGAUCUACUUCAUCAGCGGCUACCACAAGCUGCACUGUCUGAAGAAGAUCCGUCGCUGGAUCGUAACCACCGAGCGUGGCACUCACAAGAUUGACAACAUCAACCAUAUUCUCCACUGCUUAGAUAUCCUGCGCCAGGAUGUCCUCUGCGAGGCAGAUGACCUGCCGCUGUACACCACCCUGGGCCCCAGCAAGGACACCGGGGUGGAUGAGGUGCAUUACUGCCGCGACUGGAACAAGCUUGAGGAGUGGGCGAUCGCCAACUCUGCCUGUUUCGGCUACGUCAACGAAACCCACGACGAGAGCGGCGGGAUCAAGUACUACAAAUACUGUCCCAAGGGCUCGCCCUUUGCGCCGGCGAUGCGGAAGUACUUUGGCCUCCCGGACGAUUAUUAUGAGGAGCCGGUUGAGCAGGUGCCGCCGUAUACCAGUCCCGAUGCCAAUUGA